AUGACGGUUUCUAAAGAUACACAUCAUGGGCCUUCCAAACCUAAAACAUCACCCAGUCCACGUGUUCCCCCAACUAGAGCAAGUCCAAAAGAAAGUCGGCAAGUCUCUUCCAAGCCCAGGGCAUCAACAAGUCCAGAUGUAGCACACACAGAACCUGAUGAUGUCUAUACACCUGAAGAUAUUGCCAGACAAAUUGACAUGGAUGUGGGAAAACCUUUGGAAUAUAGUGAUAUCUGGGAAAAGCCAGUUUCCGUAACUACAUCACCUGGCCCUCAGCAUCCUCCUAUACUUCCUGUGAAGCCAACACAAAUGCGAAGAAAACCUCUGCCUCCAAACACCGUGACUGGUAAACCAGGCAGUCCAGCUAAACCCCCUGGACCAACAAUACCUGUGAGGACAGGAACAUCAUAUAAGACUCCAACAGCUUUUGCAACUCCGGAGUAUUAUGUUGAUGCAACUGUCUUCAGCUCAAGUCCUACAUCAGAAACAGAUUCUUCAGGCAAACCAAGGUACCAAGCCCCCCAUGUCAAGUACAUGAAGAAAGACGAUGAUGUGCCUUGCUCUAUCACAAGCUCUCUUGAACAUUUUCCUCAAGAAGAAGCUGGCAGCAGGGAAGAACCUACUCGUCCUCCACAAAAUCCUCCAACCAACCUUACAGUGGUGACUGUUGAGGGCUGUCCAACUUUCGUCAUACUGGACUGGGAAAAACCAGACAAUGACACUGUUACUGAGUAUGAGGUUGUGUCAACUGAAAAUGGAGCAAGUGAUGGCGAAAAGGAGAAAUCAAUUAUCACUACAAAUCAAACUCAUUCUACUGUGGAAAACCUAAAACCUGACACAAGUUAUGAAUUCCACGUGAAACCUAGAAACCCUCUUGGUGAAGGUCCAAGUAGCAAUGUUGUGGCAUUCAGUACUGAAUCGGCGGACCCAAGAGUGAGCGAGCCAAUUUCAAUGGGAAAGGACGCUAUCUGGACUGAAAUCCCAUUCAAUUCAGACUCCUAUUCAGAAUGCAAAGGGAAACAAUACGUAAAGAGGACCUGGUAUAAGAAGUUCGUAGGUGUGCAGCUGUGUAAUUCUUUGAGAUACAAGAUAUACCUCAGUGAUUCACUUACAGGAAAAUUUUACAACAUAGGAGACCAGAGGGGCCACGGAGAAGAUCACUGCCAGUUUGUCGACUCAUUCUUAGACGGAAGGACGGGACAGCAAGAAGAUCUACCAGUCAAAGAUGGAUUUUUCAGGGCAGUUCGGCAGGAGCCCGUCAAGUUUGGGAAAAUAGGUGGGGAGACUCACAUUAACUACGUUCGCUGGUACGAGUGUGGAACGUCGAUACCUGGGAAGUGGUAGAUGCGACACGGACUUGGCGAGAAGGCCCAGCACGGCCCGCCCCCAGCCGACUGCCCCCGGCCGGCACCAAAGCGGCAAUGUUUAUGGUAUGCCCGGCACGUAGAUAAGUUUGCUGACGUGCAAGGGUUUAUGCAAGUCUAAUGCCAAUACUGCAUUCAUUGUGUAAUAGCGUAGGCUGCUUCCUGUAGUUACCCAGUUCGACAGAUUUUAGAUGUAAAAAAAAAAAAAAAUCCCAACCAGGCUAGGGACGUAUUGUAGGAUAAUGUAUAGGGAAGCUGGCUCCCUAUUCUUGAGGUACAGUUUAUGCGGUAUUUUAAGAGAUACGGUGUGUAUAUUAUUUAUCACAAUGGUGUAAUAAA